UAUAAGAGCUUUUCUCUUGUAAAUAACUUUGAAAGACUAACAGAAUUAUUUAGAGGAAAUGUAAAGAUUUCAAAUGGUUAUAAACUUAUAGGUAUAGAAAAGCAGGAGUAGAUAAACUAGUCUUCUCGAAUGAUGAAGUAGGGGCUGAGCCAAUAUGGCGGAUUCAAUAAAUAUUAUGAUAUGUCAGCAAAUAGAAAAGACUGAAUACAGACUGAAAUAGUGCCAAUUUAUUGCAGGAUAACCAAGGACAAACUAGUGUUGUGCAUUUCUGCAACAUUUUGAAUACUCUGGCAUGUUUCCUACAGGGGCUCAGCCUACUCGGGACUCUCUCACCAUUGAAGAUGUGGAAGAAGUGAUUUACCAGCAGGUCAUGGACCCAUCUGUUUCUCUUGUUACUUCAAAAUUGGUGCCAACAAACCCUACCCCUUAUGUAAGACUUGUGGAGCAGCCUGCAUCUCGUGCAUUAAGGUUCAGAUAUGAGUGCGAAGGUCGAUCUGCUGGAAGUAUUCCUGGAGCAAAUAGCACUGCAGACUGCAAGACGUAUCCUACAAUACAGGUGGUUAACUACAAAGGUUCGGCAGUGGUGGUGGUAUCAUGUGUGACCAAGGAAGGUCCACCAUAUAGACCUCAUCCCCAUAACUUGGUUGGUCGAGAAGGCUGCAAGAAGGGGAUCUGUACUAUGGUUAUCAAUAAUCAUGAUAUGACCUGUAGCUUUUCGAGUCUUGGUAUCCAAUGUGUGAAACGAAAGGAUAUUGAAGAAUCUUUGAAGCUUCGAGAGAUGAUAAAAGUUGAUCCGUAUCGAACUGGAUUUGACCAUAGACUACAGACAAGUAAUAUAGACCUCAAUGUGGUGAGGUUGUGCUUUCAAGUUUUUAUUGAAGGUUCACAGCAAGGAAAGUAUACCAUUCCUCUUCCACCAGUGGUUAGUGACCCAAUCUUUGACAAAAAAGCUAUUUCUGAACUUACAAUUAACAAGUUGAGUCACUACUCAGCACCUGUAUGUGGAGGGACUGAGGUCAUUCUUCUUUGUGAUAAAGUUGCUAAAGAUGACAUUAAAGUAAGAUUUUAUGAAGAAAGAGCAGGUCAGGUGGAAUGGGAAGCUUUUGGGGAGUUCCAUCCAAAUGAAGUACACAAGCAAGUAGCAAUUCCUUUUCGCACACCUCGAUAUCGAGAUGAAAAUGUUCAACAGCCCAUGUCUGUCUUUAUUCAGCUGUACAGGCCAUCUGAUGGUAGUAGUAGCGAUCCUCGACCUUUUCAGCUGCUACCAAUGAAUAGAGAUCCAGAAGGUCUCAGCAGAAAACGUCAAAAAAUAGAAGAUGGCUGUUUAGACAGGUUUCUGAAAGAAAACAUUUUUGUUGGUGCUGCCAGAGAUGCAGGAGGUCCACUGACAACUCAUACCAUUCCAAGAACAAUCAAGCUGGCAACAAGAACUGUUUUGAAACCAGAGACUGUAUUGGAGGGGAAAAGUAAUCAAAUGCCUGAGCUGUUUCUUCAACCAUCACAGUUGCCUCAUCAUCCUACUUUCACCCCAGAACUGCGGGCAGGUGCUACAAGUGGAGGUGUAGUUACAAUGGGAGUUGCAUCUACAGUAACUACCUGCUCAGGUUUAAGUGCUACGUCUGCAGUAGAGCUUAAGGACAGAGUUAGUCUCUGUUCUCCUUUUUAUCCAAACACCACUUUAGUUACAGCUAGCAGUCAGGACAUUUUGGCAAUUGCUACAAAGCAGGUUAAUUCUAUCCCCAAGUCUGAGCCUUCAGGUGGCAUAGGAGUACAUCAGAAUGCAGAAAUGUCUUUGGAGGAAACUACUGAAAAACUGGAUAGCCUUGAUCUAGGGAUAGAACCACUUGACAUACAAAACAUUUUAGAUUACAGUGAAACAGAAAAUGUGUCACUUAAUCUUUCACAGAGCCUAUUUGAUAGUGGAAAUAAUUUUCCCGUAAGUAACAUGUUAGUGGCCACCAAUGUAGAUUAUAUGAACACCUCAACAAACAGCUUCUCAUACCUGCAGAAUGAAUUGGAAACGUUGAAUGUUCUAUGCAAGUCCAGGACAAAUGAAUCAACGUAGUCUCCACUGGAUGCUUGAGGAACAUAUUUGGUGUUUUUUGGAUGCCAUGGAGCUAGUCUUCCUACAACUGUGAUUUGAUUGGGCUAUCAGUAAGGCAAUUAUUAGCAUAACAGCCUCAAGUGGUGCACAAAUUUACCUCCAGGUUGGGAUAUAGGCAGUGAAAACUAAGUGUAUUUGGAACAAUCUUUCUGUUGUUGCAGACUUUGUAGAUUGUGUAUGUAUGUAUGUACUACAUUUAUGGCAUUGGAAUUUUCUGUACAGUUACAUUGAGUUAGAUAUACAUAUUAUGACUGAAUAGACUGUGUAUGUAUGUACGUACACCAAAUUGUGACUGAAUAAAUAAUUUUCUUAAUAAAAGAAAAAUAAAGUUUACUCCAUUCCAUACAAACCUCAAGUGUGCCUAGUUACUUGGAAAUAUAUAUAUUCCACAAACUGAACUAUCUGUUUAUUAAAUAUUUUAAACUGUUUCUUAUUUUCUUGGUAUUAUACUUGUUUCUUUGUAACUGAAGAAUUGUUUUCCUUCAAAAAAAAAUAUAUUUGUAGUUAUAUGAUUUUGACCACUGUUCAGGUUGAGAUUUUUUUUCUGGAGGAUGUUCAUGGCAUUUCAUGGAGAGUUAAGUUUGUACAACAGUUACUUAGGUGACAGUUGUUGUCAACAAAUGCCAUUUCAUCAGUUAAUUAUUGUUUUUUGCUGUAAGUUGAAGUUUACAAUGGUGUGUAAUAUUUUAAAUAAAGAUGUUAAAAAUCACA